AUGAUAAAGAAAGUACUACAAUCGAAGAUAAUGCGGCGCAAUGAUGGUAAUAAUUAUCUUCGUCCUAGGGAACGCCAAAAUUAUGAGUCGCGUGGUCAUUUACCAAAAAGAGUGUGUGGAGGACGUGGACGAAGUAAUUCUACGAACAACGAUAGAAGUAAUAACUCAGCACCACAGAAACACGGACACCCUCCUAAAAAUUUUACAGUGCAAGACACCUUAAACCAGCAAAUUUUACUAGUAAAAUUGGCACUUUAG